AAGUCUCCACCACAAACAAGAAAACCUUGGAACAAAACCGAUAAGCUUCAUUUUUAGCCUACUUUUCUUCUUGCUUCUGCCACUACCAUCACAUUGCUCAAAAACACAAAACAUGUUCUUACUGAAACCCUGUAGAACACAUUAUAGCUCACCAAUCCUCUCAAACCAUCCUCAUGCGUUUCAAAAGCUAACAAAAACGCAGACUUCCCAUUUUGCACCAUUGAAAAAAUUGUACCCCCACAAACGAAAGCUUAGCUUCAGAGGAUGUAGUAGUAAUGGACAAGAAGGAGAAGGCGGCAGAAGCGAGAGGAAGCCAUUCUUGACUUUAGAAGAAGCUGGUCUAGUCGAAAUCUCAGGCCUCAGCACCCACGAGAGGUUUCUAUGUCGCCUAACGAUAUCGUCAUUGAAUCUGCUAAGGGUGAUAUCGGAGCAAGAAGGAUGCACAAUUGAGGAGCUAAAUGCAGGGAGAAUAUGCGACUGGUUUGUAAAGGACAAGCUCAAAAGAGAGCAGAAUUUAGGCUCUGCUGUUCUUCAAUGGGAUGACUCCCAGCCUUUUUAAUUAAAUUGGUCGAUUAGUUCAUGUGGUAAAGCCAAUACUAAGCCUUUGUAAAACGACGUCCAGUUUUGAAAUGCUCAAUUAUCUCAGCUUUUGUUAAAGUAAUGCUAGUGUUAAACUUGUAUGUCAUAGUUC